CCGUGGAGCCGCCGAGCUGCGCGCUUCAGACCACUCCCUCGCCUCCUCGCCGGGGGACGGAAGAGCGCGCCCAGCCCCCCCUCUCCCUCUCUCUUUUACUUCCACCGCGUUUCCUGCCUUAUUCUGCCGUUCCUACGUUAUUUCACGGGGACUAUGCGCCGGGCCGAGCCAUGACGGACGCCAGCGCCAUCGAGGAGCUUCAGUCGGAGCUCACGUGCCCGGUGUGUCUGGAGCUCUUCCGCGACCCGGUGAUCCUCGAGUGCGGACACCACUUCUGCCAGCUGUGCAUCCUCCAGUGCUGGGAGGCCAAGGCGGACGAGCUGUCGAGUUGCCCCAAGUGUAGAAAGUCGAGCGGCGGCAAGCUGCGACCCAACUCGCUGCUGUGCAACGUCGUGGACAGCGUGCGCAGGGCCCGGGUGGUGGACACCGCCGGGGCCAUGUCGAGCUGGGCCUCUGAGGACGCGCCGGAGGAGCCGGAGGACCGGGAGCCCGGCUCCAGCAUGAGCAGCGUGGCCUCGUCCGUCGGCCACUGGCCGCGCGUGGGUUCGGACGUGGAUAUGUGCGAGGAGCACGAGGAGAAGCUGAAGCUGUACUGCGAGGACGACCAGCUGCCCAUCUGUCUGGUGUGCGGCAUGUCCAGGGACCACAAGACGCACAAUGUCAUCCCCAUUACCGAGGCCUUCGAGAACUACAAGGACAAACUGUCUGUCGCUCUAGAGAGGCUUCAGCUGCAGACGGCGGAGGCCACGCUCUUCCAAAGGCACACCAAUGAAAAGAUCCUCCACGUCAAGGAGCGAGCAGGAGAUCUGGAGGAGAUGGUGACCGCAGAGUUUGGCCUCCUGAGGGAGUUCCUACUGGAGGAGGAGGUGCACAUAAAGGAGAAACUGCAGAAGCAGAAGGAUGAGAAGCUCAACCAGCUGGAGGAGGCGCUGACCGAGACCACAGAGCAAAUCAGCCAAAUGGAAAGUAGGGCCGACCAGCUUCACCUCAAACUGACGGAGGAGGAAAACCCAGAGCAACUCAAGGGAAUCAAAGAUUUCAUCGGAGGGGCGGAGAGCUGGUUCGAACGCCCCUCCGAGGUGGUCCAGGACCUGCAGUCAGGAGAGUUUCUGGGUCCUCUGCAGUACAGGACCUGGAGGAAAAUGAGCUCCGUGUUUCAGCCAGCUGUCAAAGCAGUGACCCUGGACCCGGACACGGCCUACCCGUGCCUGUGGGUGUCCCCGUGUCGCACCAGCGUCCAAAUGGGGAAGAUCCAGCCCAACCUGCCCAACAACCCGGAGCGCUUCACCCUCUACAACAUCGUCCUGGGCUCCGAAGCCUUCUCGUCUGGCAGGCACUACUGGGAGGUGGAGGUGGGCUCAAAGACGGCGUGGGGGCUCGGCGUGGCCACAGCCUCCGUCAACAGGAAGGACGAGAUCAGCCUCUGCCCCGAGGACGGGUUCUGGACCCUGGUGCUGAGGCACAACGCCGACGGCGCCUCCGAGUACGAGGCGUGCACCGACUCGGAGGACAGCCUGCUCCAUCUGUCCAGCCCCCCCAGGAGGGUGGGGGUCUAUCUGGACUACAGUUGCGGCGACGUGGGGUUUUACGACGCAGGCAACAUGAGCCACCUCUUCACCUUCUACAACGCCAAGUUCAAAGAGCCCGUCUUCCCGUACUUUAACCCGUGGCCCAUCAUCAACGGGAACAACCGGGAGCCGCUCACCAUAGUGACGCCGCACUGGGGGGCGAUGUCCUCUUCGUCAGAGUAGAACUGCAGAUGAACAUUAAGCAGAUGUGAGACUCUGAUAGACUCGUUUCAUGAGCACUCGUCAAACUCCGCUGUGUUAAUGAUGUGGGGGAGGAUGGACACGCAUCGAAACGGGGGCCGGGAAUGUUAAUUGUUCGAAAGACUAUGAGGUGAUACCAAUAGUGUACUGCGCUUCAUACGGGGUUUCAUUCUAUUAAUUCCGUAUCAAUCAUGUGAUCAGAAGCGUUCCGUUGCCAAAAAGGAUCCACCAACGCACUUAUUUUCAUCACAUGCAAUGGGCGUGCAGUGUAGCUGUACUGUGACAUCCUGACGAUCAAAUACGCCGAGCUCGGCUUCACCACACAGUACAUUACAUGUCAUUUACAUGUCAUUUAGCUGAGGCUUUUAUCCAAAGCGACUUACAAUAAGUGCAUUUCAACCAUAAGACACAAAAGAACAAGUGCAAUUUUAUCACACAUGGCUGCGCGUGGGAAAUACAAAUACAAAUUGUUUUCUUUGGAUUCUGGGUAAAAAGGACUGAAUGCAGGAGAAGUGUAAAUACCACUUUACUUGGUACUGGGUUGUUUUUUUAUUUUUUAUAAAAAGGUACCAAUAUGGCCCUACAGGUAACCCAGCAACAGUCUUUCAAGACAAAUUCAUUUUAUUCGAAUGUGUGUAUUCAACCAUGACUAAACACUACGAUUUGUAGGACUUGAUUUAAGAUGGAAACUACUAAAAUUCAAUACAAAUAAGCCCUUUUAAAGGACAUCUUGCUUGAAAAUGAAGAGUAUGCAUUUAACACAUUUGUUAGUUUAAGGAUAUAAACAAUGCUGUUUGGUGGCUAACACUGAAUGUAAAUAUAACUAACUGAUUUUAUAUUAAAAAAAAACACAAAAACUAAUUUAGUUUUGAAAUAAUGUCUAACAAAAUAAUAUCACUUUCUUUUUUUUUAAUUUAGCCAAAUCUUGUGAUGUGAUAUGUACAGCACAAAUUUAACAGAAGUAAUAAUGACAUACGACUGUAUGUCUUUGCUUUACUCUUUCAUUUAACGCCACAUUACAACUCUUGAAAAGUGUCAUUUUAUAUAUUUUGUCUUUGCCAGAGGUUGUUUUGUAUGUUUAUUUCCUCCAGAGGGCGUCUAAAACAAACUGCAAUAAUCUGCUCCACAGCGUCUUUAUAAUGCAAUUCUUAAUGAAAGAAACCCUCCUCAACUGAAGCCCCCUCAAAUCUUAUAUGUUCAUAUGUUCCACUAUAUGUGGAACAUAUGAACUUCCAGGUGUCUCCAAACAGCAAAGGCCCCAUGAGCAACAACGAAGGAGGAAAUUACUUAAGAAAAACACUUUUUUAAACUCCAUGAAAUUGCACUUUAAGGCUGUAGAUUUUCUCGAGACAAUCCUUUGGUUGCCAGUCACGUGUUUACAGGUCACUGAUGUACACAAAGGUUUCUCUUCUUGGAUGUCCUGUUAAACCAGAUGAAUGGAUCCCUCCAGCCAAUCGAGCAGUAAUCUGUGAGUACGAUGACAAUUGGUCUAAUAAAACAAAUCUAUCGUC